AUGAAAAAGUUCGGUUUCAAAAAGUCCAAGGACGACGGCGACGACGACUCCAACCGCCGAGCCCUCUUCGGAUCUCGUUCGCGCGACAAAAGCCCCAAUCCACAAGCGCAAGGAAGCAAUCCCUACGCACAAAAUAUUCCUAUCGAUCCAUAUACACGAGCCAAGAUCAACGCGGGCGUUGCUCCUGCUCCUGGUGGUACCGGUCCUGCAGGUCAAGGCUACAGUGAUGUGAAGCACCCCGACGGCCCUGUCGGAAAUCAGCAAGGCGGAUAUGCACCGAACAGAUACGGAAACCAAGGUGGUUACGGCGCUGAUCGAUACGGAGGUGGUGCAGACAAUAGCAGUAGACCUGGUGGCGGACCGCGCCCUGGUGGCUAUGGUGGUUUGGGUAGCACAGAUCCUAACGAGGCUGACAGAGAUGCACUCUUUGGAGGUGCUCGUGACCGGGUACAACAAAAUGGGCCUGGUGGACCUCCGCCACCAUAUAGUACAGGCGGGCCUGGAGCUGGUGGUUACGGUGGUUACGGGGAGGAGAAUGGCGGUUCAUCGGCAGUUUAUCAAGAGCGUCAGCUAACUGCUGAAGAAGAAGAAGAGGAAGAAGUUAAUGCGGUUAAACAAGAAAUCCGAUUUAUCAAACAGGGUGAUGUUUCAUCUACGCGAAAUGCUCUUCGCGCCGCGGCUCAGGCUGAAGAAACCGGUCGCAACACCCUUGCUCGACUUGGAGCCCAGAGUGAGCGUAUUCUAGACACUGAGAAAUCCCUCGAUGUCGCCGCCAGUCAGGGUCGUCUAGCCGAAGAAAAGGCCAGAGAACUUAAAACACUCAACAAGAGUAUGUUCGCGAUGCAUGUUUCGAACCCAUUUACCAGCAACGCUCGUCGCCGAGAGCGCGAUGAGAAAUUACUCGAAACCCAUCGCGCAGAGCGUAACACUCGCGAAGGAACACGUCAGGAAGCUUUCCAAUCCAACCAGCGUAUGGAACGCACAUUCAGAGAAAUCGAACGUGAAGCCAACAAGAACUAUCCUGCACAAAAGAAAGAUCUCGCUGAACGCGCAAAAUAUCAGUUUGAAGCUGACAGUGAAGAUGAGGCCAUGGAAGAUGAGAUCGAUAACAACUUGAACUUGUUAUCUGGAGCAGCUGCGCGAUUGAAUGGAUUGGCGAAAGCAACGGGUAAGGAGUUGGAGGAGCAGAAUCGUCAUUUGGACAGAAUCAUGGGAAAAAGCGACUAUGUGGAUGAUCAGAUUGCUAUGAACAGGGCGAGACUAGAUCGCAUUCGUUAACCUUCAAAAUGUGGACAUUUCAGGCCAUGUGGCUUCAUUCGAGUUGUAUAGACAUUGCAUUACUUUGAUCAGUUAUCAUAUCCUACGAGGAUAGGCGUUUGGUGCAUGAAUAAAUUCUAUGUUUCAGCAAUCAAUUUUUUUCAAUAUG